AUGACGCGACCUUCCUACCUGGCGAAGGCUGAGCCUUAUGAUGCUCUAUGUCAACACUUUAACGUUAUCCCACCCCAGGCAAUCGAAGAGUCCAUCCCGGAAACAUAUGAACUGAGAGUGACACAGGCAACUCAUUUACCCACCCACGUCCUAGCCGCCACUCUCGCAGAUCCCUCAUCAUCGCCAAAACCUCCCCUAUUCCUUCCCAUUGACGCCAAUCUAUUCGCAAAAGGUUUUACGGUGGACACAGUAACCAUUCCAUCCAAUUCGCCCUCCGCGACACCUAGUACUUCACCUGGUGGAUCCCUUGUCAUCACACUACCCGUCAUCCCCAUCUCUGUACUCCACCUCCCUUCAUUGCCGCUACUCCUACUCUAUGGAAUGGGUUUGGAGACCCAGCACAACGCCCUCGCCUGGCGUCUUCUCCCCUCCCAAGUCAUCGAGGAAUUCCCGAACGCCGCUACCAUGGCCCAAAUCCUCUCCCGAGCGCGUCCAGAACAGUUCGACCGAAUCUUCCUGUUCAACCAAGGCCUCUGGCGUAACAUCCUGUCACUUGGUGUGCAGGACAGCAAGGUCAUCGAGCUCGUGCAGACAGCUUGGAACGUAACGGCCGAGGCUAGGAAGAUACGGCAGAGGUCCGUGUCGGGCAUUACUGGUCGGAUAUAA